AUGGACAGGUUUCUGAAGGGGAAUAAAUUAGAUGUUUCUAGUUAUCUGGCGAAUAGCAUGUAUACCAGCUUGUCUUGCGAAAAUGUGUGUGGAAUGGGUAUGACCGAUCCUGCUUUUGAUUCGAACAUCUAUUUAAUGGCAGGUACUAAGAAGCCUGAUGCAAAGCUGGUGGUGCAGCCUUAUAGACAGGUGAGGAUUGGUAGUCUUCCUGAUGAUUUCUACAGUAGCCUAAUUGAUUGGUCUGGAGAUAAUGUGUUUUUCAUGGCCGACGGAAACCUGCUUGUUCACAACUUUUGUUCGUCAAGAACAUUACAGAUGUGCAGUCUCGGCAGUUUUGGAGUAACCUCGAUAAAGCACAAUUCAUCAACGAACAGUGUGGUGCUUGGGACAUCGAUUGGGGUUGUUCUGGGCAUCGAUAUGGUGUCUUUGAAAAUAUCAAAAUAUCCAUUCCAUAAGUCCAGGGUGGGCGUGAUAGAGAUGGAUGGCACAAACAUCAUAACGGGGAGUAGGGACAGGAAGAUAAAAAUAACAGACCUGCGCUCUGAAAAAGCCGUGGCAACCAUUUUGCAGCAUCGUCAGGAAGUAUGCGGCCUUGGGCUGAGCAUAGACAUAAAGUUUUUGGCAUCAGGUGGAAACGACAAUAGACUUUAUAUUUAUGACUACCGAAAUUUGUCGCAUCCAAUCAAGCAGUGUUCAAACCACAAGGCAGCAGUCAAGGCGAUAAGUUGGUCGCCGAACUUUCCAAAUCUUUUUGUCUCUGGCGGGGGCACUGCUGACAAGACCAUCAAGCUUUGGGACAUGAACCUGGUCAACUCCAGUAAGUCAAGCACAUGCCUUAUUAAGUCGAUGGAUUAUGGAUCACAGAUCUGCAACAUCAGAUGGCUGAAGUCAAACAAGAUCCUGAGCACGCAUGGAUACUCAAGAAACGACAUACGCCUUUCUCAAAUUCCCUCAUUCAAGAUUGAGAAGUAUUUUGUUGGGCAUAAAAACAGAGUGAUUCACUUUUCAUGCUCAAGCAAUGAGAAGUAUUUUGCUUCUGGAUCAUGCGAUUCAAACAUAAACUUCUGGGAGUUAGGCAAUGAGAAGGAUGAUGAAAUAAAGAUUAGAUAG